AAAUGCAGACGUUCUUCGCCGAGAGUCGCCGCGGUUUCCUGCUUCAACAGUGCUUGGACGGAACCCGGCGCUCGACCCCCGCCCCAGCCGGCCACUCAGAGCCAGCCCUCCGCCAGCUUCUCACAGCGCCCUCGGACCGCCCGCAGGCCCUCGCCGCCCCUCCAGCUCCGUGCAGCCGCCGCCGCCGCCUCUCAGCCGCCCGCCACGACGUCCGCGUCUUCUUCGCAGGUGUGCCAGAACUACCACCAGGACUCGGAGGCCGCCAUCAACCGCCAAAUCAACCUGGAGCUCUACGCCUCCUAUGUCUACCUGUCCAUGUCUUACUACUUUGACCGUGAUGAUGUGGCUUUGAAGAACUUUGCCAAAUACUUCCUCCACCAGUCUCACGAGGAGAGAGAACACGCUGAGAAACUGAAGAAGCUGCAGAACCAGCGAGGGGGCCGGAUCUUCUUUCAGGACAUCAAGAAACCAGAGUAUGAUGACUGGGGAAGUGGGCUGAAUGCAAUGGAGUGUGCACUGCACCUGGAAAAAAGUGUGAAUCAGUCACUACUGGAACUGCACAAACUGGCCACGGACAAAAAUGACCCCCACUUGUGUGACUUCAUUGAGACGCAUUACCUGAAUGAGCAGGUGAAGUCCAUCAGAGAACUGGGUGACCACGUAACUAACUUGCGCAAGAUGGGAGCCCCCGAAUCUGGCAUGGUGGAGUAUCUCUUUGACAAGCACACCCUGGGACACAGUGAUAACGAGAGCUAAGCCUUAGGCUCACUUCCUGGCUGUGCACCACGGCAGUGCCUGCAUGUCGGGGCUGCCUUUACCUUUUCUAGACAUUGUACCAAAACAUCCACCUGCAUACUUUAAUUUGUACCAUUCCUUCAAAUAAAGAAAUUUGGUACCAAAAAAAAAA